GUGUUACAUGCUGAGCCGUGUGUGUGUGUGUGUAGGUGAUGUAGGAGGUAUGAGACGUUAGUGCGCUGGGUGUGGUGUGUGACGUCAGACAGAUGCGCCCAGGAAGAACGCGAGCCAUGUGCUACGUUGUUUACAUCCAGCAGCCACAGCGAAGAAGCCUACGCAGUUCUGUAUGCUGUUUUUGCGUUAUUUUCCUCUAUGUAAAAGUCGGACACUGAUGAGAGAGGCAGUGCAUCAUUCUUGCAGUGCUGGAAAUAAAGUGCCGUUCUUCAACGCAGACGAAGUCUCGUUGUUUAUGUGUUGUUGCCACAACGAGCUAACACAAGCUAAAGGAGCUAGUGGUCUUCGGAGGUCCCUUUACUAUGGCUCGGGGGUCUGCCAGCUUGGCGCUGGUAACACAAGAUAAAUAGGACGGCCAUUGUACUGUAUUUACUGUCUAAAAAACGAGUCACAACAAGCACACAGGACCGUUUAGAGUUGCUGAAAGUGAUAGUAAAUUCGCCUAUUGCCGUAAUCCCUAUAGUCAUAUGAGUAGGUACAUUACAAAAAUUACAACCUUUCACAAACCAUGAUUUACAAUAACACUCUGUAAACUUUUCUCAAACUUUCUGGUGCGUCCAGCUGACGAUACCGCAAAUGCAAGGCUGCAAGCAACAGCCACGGCACUGUCUCAGGUGCGCUCCACAGAGCGUUUUGGAGUCAUUUGAUUAGUUUUGAGGGAGAGAGAGGGCCGUACCGUUCACCUCCAUUUUGUGCACUGACAAUUAAAGGGAUACGCCAACAUUUUUUUUUGUUUGCGUGUCUUGCCUCUCUCUCGAGUCCACGACAAGCAGAUAGAUACCAUUCUUUCGACUGUGCGUGCAGUAACAAGGGAGAGACGGGCAGAGCUCGCCCACCUCUAAUUAGCUUAGCUCAAAUACUGGGAGUCAAUGGGAAGCGUUAGCCUGCCUCUGCCUACAGUCAUCAGAUAAACUCUUCAAGGGACAGUUCAACAUUUUGGCAAAUUCGCCUAUUGCCGUAAUCCCUAUAGUUAUAUGGGUAGGUACACUACCUUUAAUUAUCAGUGCCAUUAUUAUUAUCAGUUGUUCUGAGAUCAGUGGGGCAGAGCUGCCUGCUGCUCAGCGCACAAAAUGGAGAUGAACAGUAUGGCCCCCUCUCUCCCUCAAAACUAAUCAAAUACACCAUCAGAGUUGUUUUGAAGCCAAAUGCACAACCGGAACUACAUUCCAGACAUACAGUGAUUUCAAACAGCGUAUGUUUAAAGGAAUACUCAGACGAUUUGGGAGUUAUGCCCUUUCUCUAUCAAUAUGUCCAAUGGCUGGGUCUCAGCGGUUAGCAUUGCGGCUUAGCUUAGCGAACACAAUUGAAGUCUAUAGGGGGUCAGGAGCCUGUGUAAAAGCGAACAAAUAAACGUUACAGAAACCCUGAAGCUGGCAUUUCUACACGUGCAUUUAAAAUAAACAUGCUUAAACAUUAAUUCGAAAAACGGGAGUCCUUUUAGUCGUUUUAGAAGAAGUUUGAUACACAGAACUAUAGUGUGUUUACGUCCUGCGUGGAGGGAUACACCAGCGAGCAACAGCUGCAGCUGGCUCUGGGACAGGAACGCUAGGUCACUUGGUAAAAGCAAACAAAGAGACGACACGGACGAUCAUGCCUCGAAAAUGUAGAAUUGCAACUUGCAAAAACAUUCAAGGCAAACCUACAGGGACUCCUGUGAUGUUUCACCGGUUUCCAGCUCGCAACCCAGAGCAAUUUCGAAAAUGGCUCGUUGCUGUACAAAUGGACCCCAACACACCUCAAAAAGACCUGCCACGACUGCUAAUUUGCUUGGAGCACUUUGUGAGGGAGGACUACAUUAAAAAAACAGAGCAAACCGGUACAAGGUUUUUUCUGAAAGAUACAGCCGUCCCAUCUGUCGGUAGACAGAGAGGACAAAGGGAAACACCUGAGGCUGUGCGGUCAACUGCUGCAUCCAGGACGUGCUCCGUGGUCAGAUGUGAUUCAUGGCGUCGCAGCGCACUACUGUUUAAGUUACCGGAAGAUCCAGAGAGGAGGCUGGAGUGGGUUCAGUUGAUUUUGGAAGUCAACGGGCAGCGACUGAAAGAGUCAUCCUGGACUGAUAUCACCAUUUGUAAUGAACACUUUACCGGUGACUCUUUUGAAGACACGGGCCAGCUAAAGCUCAGUGCUGUCCCAACACUGUGUGUCAAGUCAGAGCCCGAUGAAUCCCCGGUGAGCCCACAGAAUGAGCAGAUUAAAGGGAAGUAUAUUGUGAAUGAAAGCUGCCUCCUCCAGUUGUUCCGCCGCAAGUGCCCGUCGUGUGGCUUUAAACUUCUGAUGGAGAAGGUCACCUCUGGGGUGCUCAUCACCUUCACCCAAACUUGCCUGAAGUGUGACUACAAAAACCAGUGGAAGAACCUUGUCAAUUACGCUCUUCCUACAGCUGUGGAUCAACACCCGACAGGAGGCACAGAAGAAACUCCAGAGAUCAAACAGGAAAUGCCAACAGGCGACAACCCCAGCAGCACAGUGUUCUCUGAAGUUGUUACUUUUAGUGAUGAAGAAAGUGAUCCGUCAGAUGAAGGAGAGGAAGGUGAUGACGGUGGGGUGAAUUCCGACGGGGAUUGGAAUCCAACCGAGGAUAUUUUGCUGGCGGAAGAGCUCACAAAGCAUUCUGAAGAGGAAAGUGAAGAUGAAGAUGAAGACCAAAGCGGAGAGGAGGAAGAGUUUGAUUCCCCAGGUGGCCUCAAAAUUAAAGAGCUCUGCACAGAAUGUGGAAGUUUCUUCAAUAUUCUGAAGGCUCACACUUGUGAGCACAAAAUAAAGCCCUUUUCCUGCAAUAUCUGCGGCAAAAGAUGUGUUACCGAGACGUCUCUGAAAAAUCAUAGCAAAAUCCAUGAUGAAACCUAUGAGCAUCCUUGCAAAUACUGCCACGUUACCUUCAAAACGAGGGUGGACAAACUUAAACAUGAGCAGAUCCAUCAAGAUUGCAAAGAACCCUAUAAAUGUCCAGACUGUCCAAAGACAUUUGCCAGCAGUAAAGUACGCAGAGCCCACCUGGCGAAUCACAGAAGGGCCCCGAAGGAGUACAAAUGUGGAGUUUGUGGGAUUGAAUUUAAGGAUGUUCAUCAUCUGCGGAGACAUUCUAUCGUGCACACGGAAUUGAAACCCUACAAGUGCACAGUGUGCCACCGUGGCUUCAACCAGUCGAGCCACCUGAAAUCUCACAUGCGUCUGCACACAGGGGAGAGGCCUUUUAAGUGUAAGCAUUGUGACAAAAGCUUCAAUCACAACGUGAGCUUGAAGAGUCACGUCCAGCGUUACCACUCAUCGACUUCUGGACAUGAACAGAAGAAGGUUAAGAUGGAAGAAGGGACCAGCGACACUGGCGAUGCAGAGGACAGUGGGAUUAAGAAAGGCACAGACUCUGAGUUUGACAAUGCAGAAGAAGAUGCAGGAGGGGAGGUGCAGAAGGAGGUAACAGAAGUGCGCAAAAGUAAAAAGAGGACCACAGGCAGACCCAGAGGAAGGCCAAAGAGGGACGCAGCAGGCAACUUGAUUCCGGCAGGGGAAACAGGAGGCUCACGUUCAAACACUAAGACUGCAAAAUCAAAGGCGCAAAAGUUAAAGAAAACAGGUUCCAGCGAUGAGGAAAGUGAAGACGAGCAAUCAGACAGUGACAUAUCCUAUGACUCACCAGAAGAGGAGAAGGAGGAGACAGUAAAGAAGAGCACAGGGAAAUCAAGAGGAAGACCAAAAAAUGACAGUGACUCUGAUUUUGAUCUAGAAGAAGUAACAAAGAAAAAGAGGUACAGCAGCCAGAGCAGCGGUAAGACCUCAGGGAAACGUAGGGGAAGGCCAAAGAAAAAUCCAGAGGUCUGAAAAUGCUGAAAACACACAGAGCUGAAUAAUUUGUUUUGGGAAAAAAGAAAGAAGCUGCAGAAAACUGGACUGAUACCUCUCAAAGAUAUGGUAAAACAAUUUGGAAUAUGAGAAACAAAACGUUCACACAGGCCAAUGUCUUUCUGAGGCCCUGCCUACACAUACACAGAUAUUUUUAAAAGCUGAUAUUUCCCCCCUCUGUUUUAAAAAGAAUCUGUCCACACAACUUUUAUUGUACAAAAUAUCUUCAUACACACUAGAAAACAAAAGCAACUCCAGAUGCUCAUUGGUGUUAGCCUUCUCCCACAUUCUCCUGUUGUUGCAAAUGCAGUAAUAUUAACAGGCUAAUGUUAAAUUUUUCAAAACUCUGACUGGAGAUCUCAUCACCAUUUAGUCCCUUUCAACAUAAGGAUAAAGGAGCUCACUUAAAAAUACGAGUAAUGCUCUUGACAAUUGAAAGUUUUCUUUCCACUCGUCAUCAACAACUGUCCCACUGUCUGCUGGUUUGCAACUUUAUACUGCAGCUGUUGAGGUGGACCACAUCAUAUUGGCCACCACAUAUACCUCUGUUCAUCCGUAAAGUGGUGAAGCAGUACUUUUGCAAGUGUGAAGUAGUCAUUGGACCAAGCAGUGCUAACAGAACAUAAACUAACAUGUUCAUUACACAAAGCAGCAGUGGGUAUGCACAGUUUGAAUAGUGCACAACCCACUCUUCUUCUGAGGCUCAGUCGCCCCCACAGUCGU